UGUAUGUCUCGUCUGGGUCGUUCCUGCUUCCUGCCACCAACCACUCUCCUCCACGAGCUGCCAUAGCAUACCCCGCGGAGCUCAUGCGCUGGCCCCAUAAAUCAAGCUUCGGAUUCGUUGCCUUGUGCUUCACAGCUGCUAGUUCGGAGCACCAGCUGCUGCAUCGUCUUCGCCGGCGGUCGGGAGCUCACCGGCGGGGCUCACGGGCCGGCGAUGGCUCCGGUCACCGAGGCGCGUUGGUUAGCGCUUCCUCCUCGCCUCCGGCUGACGCCACCGGCCGGCGCCGACGGAGUCGCCGCCGCCUCCAGCUGCAGAUAUCGCCGGCGCCUCCUCGCCCUCGUCCGCCCCCCGAUGGCCGCCGCCGACCCGCCGCCGCGCGGGGGUGCCGCGGCCCCCGCGCCCGUGCUGCGGCGGAGCCCCAGCAUCGAGCGCAUCCCGGAGGACGCGCGCCGCAUCCUGCUCCGCCUGGCCGGCGAGCUCUGGGGCGGCGACGUGGACCCGGGCGCGCUCGCCGUGUCCCAGCUCAAGGGCGCCAUGACCAACGAGGUCUUCCGGAUCACCUGGCCCGGCGGCGAGGGCGACCCGCGCAAGGUGCUCGUGCGCAUCUACGGCCAGGGCGUCGAGGUCUUCUUCGACCGCGCCGACGAGGUCCGCACCUUCGAGUGCAUGUCGCGCCACGGCCAGGGGCCCCGCCUCCUUGGCCGAUUCGCCAACGGCCGCGUCGAGGAGUUCAUCAACGCCAGGACGCUAUCUGCAGCCGAUCUGCGCGACCCGAAGAUAUCAGCGCUGAUAGCCAAGAAGCUGAGGGAGUUUCACGAUCUCGACAUGCCUGGACCCAAGGAUGUCUCGUUGUGGCAGAGGCUCAGGAGGUGGCUUGAGCAGGCUCGUGUCAGGUGUUCCGAGGAAGAGUCCAAACAAUUUCAGCUAAAUAAGCUUGGCGAUGAGAUUGCGUUGCUGGAGAAGGCGCUGUCGGGCAUCAACCAGUCAAUAGGAUUUUGCCAUAAUGAUCUGCAGUAUGGGAAUAUUAUGAUAUAUGAAGAGACCAGACAAGUCACCUUGAUUGACUAUGAAUAUGCCAGUUUUAACCCUAUUGCAUUUGACAUUGCAAAUCACUUUUGUGAGAUGGCUGCUGAUUACCAUACAUCAACACCUCAUGUGCUGGACUUUGCAAAAUAUCCUGACAUUGAAGAGCAGCGAAGAUUUGUUUGGACAUACCUUAGCUCUUCAGGUGAAAAUCCAUCAGAUGAGGAAGUUGAAAACCUACUAGGCUUGAUUGCAAAGUAUACUCUUGCAUGCCAUCUCUUUUGGGGCCUUUGGGGAAUAAUCUCGGCACACGUGAACAAAAACAUCGACUUCGAGUACAUGGAGUAUGCAAGGCAACGCUUCGAUCAGUACUGGCAGACAAAGCCUAGAAUACUUGGAUCCAACUGAUUACCCAAUUCUUUUUCUUGUUUAGCUAGUCCUGUGAAUUCUAUUCGUCAGUAGCGUCCAGUUGCUGCCAGUUCUUUGAUGCUAAUUGUCCAGCUCGUUCUGUAAGUUUCUAUAAUUAUAAUAUAUUUACUAUUUAACCGAUGAUGCAAGCAAUGUGAUUGACAUAUAGGGAGCAGGGAUGUAUAAAGCUACAAGAGGCGCCCGAUCUAUUGAAUUAAUGGAGCAUCUCCAGUAACAUUGUAGAUAAGUCCUGCAGUUCUCCCUUACAAGACAUAUAUUUAAUAGUAAAUCCCUUGCAGGGACAAUCACUCAUAUUCCAGAUAUGUUUACACCAUGGCUGCCAUCAUGCCCAUUUGGUUGUAAAUUGUAAUCCCUCCACUUCAAAAUAUAGCACUGCUUGACUUGUCAUGUUCCCUAAAACUAUAUUUUGGCCCACUAUUUUUC